AUGCCCAAGUCUAUUGAUCUAAGCUGUGUGUUCCUAGCCGUUACCUUAUUGAGAAAGUCUAACCUUGAGGCUAUAGUGAGUGUGCCUACUAUAGCUUUGUGGCCACAACCUGCACUGACCUCGAGUUCCAGAGAGCCAAUUGGUAAUGGAGAAAUUGAUUAUGUUUUGUUUGUGAGAAUCCCCAACGUUCUACUAUUCCAAACUAGGUUUUCCAGCACUUCCUCUUCUAUAUUAGAUCUCUGCACCAAAACCCAGCACCUUCAACAACUCCAUACCAGGUUCUUCCUCCAUGGCCUCCACCAAAACCAAUCUCUUUCCUCCAAACUCAUGGAUUGCUAUGCCAAAUUUGGACUCCUGAACUUAUCGCAGAAGCUUUUUCACUACACUGAAAACCCAGAUUCUGUUCUCUGCAGAGCAAUCUUAAGAAAUUUGUAUCAGUUUGGUGAAUAUGACAAGACCCUUUUUUUGUACAAAGAGAUGGUUGGGAAGUCCAUGUACCCAGAUGAAGAAAGUUGCUCUUUCGUUUUGAGAUCUUGCUUUUGUUUGUCUCAUGAACAAGGGAAGAUGGUUCAUGGGCAGAUAGUGAAACUGGGUUUGGAUGCAUUUGGCUUGGUGGGGAGAACUUUGAUUGAGUUGUAUGACAUGAGUGGUUUUUCUAAUGUACAUGUAUCGGCUGAAGGAAAAUAUGGAAUUGAAUUCAAUUAUUGGAAUAAAUUGAUUUCAGAGGCAUCUGAAAAUGGGAAAAUGGUGGAAAGCUUUCGACUCUUCUAUAGGAUGAGAAAGGAGAAUAUCCAACCUAAUUCAAUUAUUGUGAUUGACUUGUUAAGGUCUACUGUUGAGUUGAACUCACAGAAGAUAGGACAAGCUCUACACUCUCUUGUUGUUGUGAGCAACCUGUGUGAAGAUCUAUCUGUGAAUACCGCACUGUUGUCAAUGUAUGCAAAGUUGGGUAGUCUAGAAGAUGCAAGAAUGCUGUUUGAGAAAAUGCCUGAUAAGGACCUUGUAGUCUGGAACAUAAUGAUUUCAGCAUAUGCAGGGAAUGGAUUCCCCAAGGAAUCCUUAGAACUUGUAUAUUGUAUGGUUAGAUCAGGUUUUAGGCCUGACUUAUUCACGGCAAUUCCUGCCAUUUCUUCUAUCACACAGUUAAAGCAUAAUGAAUGGGGAAAGCAAAUGCAUGCUCAUGUGAUACGAAAUGGUUCAGAUUAUCAGGUAUCCAUUCACAAUUCUCUUAUUGACAUGUAUUCUGCAUGUAAGAACUUAAAUAUGGCACAAAAUAUUUUUGGCUUCAUAACGGACAAGACUGUGGUUUCAUGGAGUGCAAUGAUCAAAGGAUAUGCAAUACAUGACCAGCCCCUUGAGGCUCUCUCUCUUUUCUUGAAAAUGAAGUUGAGUAGUACCAGAAUUGACUUCAUUAUAGUCAUUAACAUGUUGCCAUCCUUUGCAAAGAUAGGGGCAUUGCAUUAUGUAAGUUACUUACAUGGUUACUCGUUGAAAACCAGCCUUGAUUCACUCAAAUCCCUUAAGACAUCCUUUCUUAGUAGCUAUGCAAAAUGUGGUUGCAUAGAAAUGGCCAGAAAGCUUUUUGAUGAAGAGAAAAGUAUCCUUAGAGAUAUAAUCGCGUGGAACUCUAUGAUCAGUGCGUAUUCUAAACAUGGAGAGUGGUUUAGAUGUUUUCAAUUGUACAGCCAAAUGAAACUAUCGAACAUUGUACCGGACCAAGUAACAUUUCUUGGGUUGCUCACAGCUUGUGUUAACUCAGGCCUUGUUAGUAAAGGCAGGGAGAUUUUCGAGGAAAUGGUGGAAAUAUAUGGUUACCAACCUAGUCAGGAACACCAUACUUGUAUGGUUGAUCUACUAGGACGUGCUGGCCAAAUCGAUGAAGCCAAUAAAAUAAUAAAAACAAUUCCAUUGUUGUCAGAUGCAAGGGUUUAUGGCCCCUUGUUGAGUGCCUGUAAGAUACACUCAGAGACCCAUUUAGCAGAACUUGCUGCUAAGAAGCUUAUAAAUAUGGAGCCCAAAAAUGCUGGAAACUAUGUAUUGCUCUCCAAUAUAUAUGCUGCAGCAGGAAAGUGGGACAAAGUUGCUAGAAUGAGGAGUUAUCUUAGAGAUAGAGGACUAAAGAAAACACCAGGUUGUAGUUGGCUUGAAUUAAAUGGACAAGUUCACGAGUUUCGAGUUGCGGAUAAAUCUCAUCAAAGAUGGGAGGAUAUAUAUUCUAUAUUAAAAGUACUGGAGUUGGAAUCCGGGAGCAUGGAAGAUGAUCUUGAACUCUUUGACCCUUCUGUUCUGUCACUAAGGGAUCUGAGUUUCACAAGAAAAACUCAAUCUACGUGA